AUGUCUGGGAAGCGCUCUCGCGCUCUCACAGAUGGGCUUGAUCCCAACGGCUCAGGCAGUAACAGUCGCAACAAGCGACCCCGUCAAUCUGAAUCCGAGGGCAGCGAUCAAUCUUCGGACGACGAGCGUUCCAAUGUAGCCAGCGGCAGCGAUUCCUCCGAUGACGAAGGCGAACACAUGCGCGAACGAGAAAUACGGGCGACACAGCAGGUGCAGAAAGAGCAUCGGGCAACUGCAGACAGGGAAAACGUCGCGACGGAUUCUGGGAUUAUCGAAGAAAUCCAGUGCAUCAACUUCAUGUGUCAUGAACAUUUGACAGUAACCCUGGGGCCUCUGAUCAACUUCAUCAUCGGACACAACGGCAGCGGAAAGAGCGCCGUGCUCACCGCUCUCACAAUCUGCCUGGGCGGAAAGGCUACCGCUACAAAUCGUGCCCAGAAUCUCAAAAGUCUCAUCAAGGAGGGCAAAGACCAUGCCUCCGUGACUGUCAAGAUCAAGAACCAAGGGCCACUCGCUUACAAGCCCGCGCAGUACGGCGAUUCGAUCAUCGUGGAACGACACUUCAACAGAGCCGGAACUUCAGGCUUCAAGCUCAAGAACGUGAACAACAAACUCGUCACCAACAAGAAAGCGGAGCUCGAAGACAUCCUGGACGCCUUCUCCAUGCAGAUUGACAAUCCGAUGAACGUCCUGACACAGGACAUGGCAAGACAGUUUCUGAACCACUCCACGCCAAAAGACAAGUACAAGUUCUUCCUCCAGGGCACGCAGUUGGAGAACUUGAACAGAGACUAUCAGCAGAUCGAACAAUCUUUGGAAGUAAUGAACACGAAAGCCGAGGUUAAAGAAACCGACCUCACGACUCUACGGCGCGAAAUGGAAGCACUGGAGAAGAAAGCCAGAAAAGCGGCAAGUUUACAGACGAUGCGAGACAAGGAAACGGAAUUUGCUCGACAAGCAGCAUGGGCCACGGUUCGUGAACACGAAGAUGAUGUUGCGCACAAUGAGAACGGACUCGCAGACACCGAGAGAAUCAUACAAACCCUACAACAACGUGUAGAAGAUGCAGGAAAGGCCUACGAGCUGGCGGACCAGGCCCACGAAGCCGCCAAACAAAACGUCACCGACCUCACGACUGAGAUGGAGCCAGCAGAGCAAAAGGCACUUGAUGCCAAAGCAAAGUUCCAGGAAGUCAAGGGAAAACUCGUGCUGCUACUAGCUGAUGAAAGGAUUGCACAAGGUGAAGUGACGGAAAGGCAAAAGAAUGUGCAGAAGUUGGAAGCAGAGAUUGCACAGUACCGACAACGGCAGGCUGAAGCAGACAACGGCCGCCACGCAGAAAAGAUUCGAGAGCGUGAUGACGCCAAGGUUAAGUGCGAGACUGCCAGGUUAGCAUUCGAGGGCCAUGAUACUGGACUUGCAGCGCUACAAGACCAACUGGCGACUGCUCAAAAGGAGCAGGACGAAGCAGAUCGAAAAGUAGACGAUGCUCAAAAAGAAGUUGCACGUAUACGGGCAUCCAUCGAAAGAAUGCAAUCAGGUCGGAGUAAUUGGGACGAUGGGUAUCAAAAUCGCCAAAGGCUGAGCGAGCUACUCCGUGCGAUCGAGUCCGAGCACAGAUUCCGGGAGAAACCAGUUGGGCCCAUGGGCCGUCAUGUGAAGCUGCGCUUGCAGGAUUGGGGCGGAAUUCUUGAAAAGCAAUUCGGUCAAACGCUGAACGCCUUCGUCGUCACUAGCAAGCCAGACCAGAAUAUACUAUCAGCCCUUAUGAAAAGGGUUGGCUGGUCUGCCCCGAUAUACAUUGGCAAGAGGACGCCUAUAAACACCGAUGGCAAUGAGCCCGCAGAAAAUCUUACCACAUGGAUGAAGGCACUUAGGUUUGACGACGAUCUUGUUCGAAAUCAGCUCAUCAUCAACCAGUCAAUCGAGCAAACCGUGCUCAUUGAGAACAUGGACGAAGGCGCUCAGUUUAUGUUCAACCGCGGGCCGCCUACUACGAACGUCAAGAUGUGUUUUACCUUUGCGGAUGGCGACACAACCAAAGGUCGUGUCUUUGUCUACAACAGUGGCGGAGGUAUCAACAACAGUCCGAUCGCACCGUAUACCGGAGCUCUGCGUAUGCAGGUGGACAAAGAUACUCGAAUCCAACUAGAAGAGAAGAAUCUGGCCCAGGCCAGGGGACAACUUGAGGCCUUGCAGCAGCAGUCCAGUGAGCGGCAUGAUGAGGUCAACAAAUGCAAGGCUCAGUUACAGGACCACGAACGCCAGAAGAAACAUCUGAAACUUGCUUCCCAAACUGCUUCCAGGGAAUUGGAAAGACUUGAAAUCGAACUGGAGAAAGCAACUCCCGACGAAGCAGCUAUCCAAGUGCGGGAGUCAGAGCUUGCGGAAGCUCAACAAGAGUUGAAGAACUCCAUGAAUUUCUACGAAGAUGUGGUGACGCGAAAGAUCGAACUCAACGACGAGAAUAGGGCGAACAAGCAGGAGAUGGAAGCUGCACAGAAGCUUGUUGCUGAUCUCCGGUCCCGGCUCGACAAGGCGCACGUGACAGUUCGAACUCUUCAGGGCACACGACAAGAAGAGCUCCAGGAAAAGAACAAAGCCAUCGAGCAGGUUGCCGAAGCUGAAAAUGUAAAGAAAAACUGGCAAGAAGAGCUCUUGGAGUCGCAACAAAGCCUCGCCGAAGUAACUGAGGGUGCGACGAGCAUAUGUGAGCGUGUGUUCGUCCCCCCCAAUUCAACUUCCGAAGACCUACAACGGAGGAUGGUUCAAAUGGCGAAAACCAGGGAAGAGGCUGAACGGGAGCUCGGUGGAUCACAGCUGGACCUUACGCGGGCGGCAACUGAAGCGAAGCAGAAGCACCACGAUGCAAUGAAGGAGUUUGAAGACAUAAGAGGUUUACGUAACCAACUCAUCACUACGCUUGACAACCGGCGCAACCGGUGGAAGCAAUUCAGAUCUGGCAUCUCUGUUCGGGCGCGAGUCACGUUCAACUAUCUGUUGAGUGAGCGCAAGUUCAGAGGUACACUUAGCAUCGACCACAAGAAGGCUCUUCUUGACAUCCAUGUUCAACCGGAUAUCAUGGAGCGAAGCGGAGACGGCAGACAGACAAAGACCCUCUCGGGAGGUGAGAAGUCGUACUCUACCGUGUGUCUUCUCCUCUCCCUGUGGGAUGCAAUGGGCUCACCUAUCCGCUGCCUCGACGAAUUCGACGUGUUCAUGGACAGCGUCAACCGCGAAAGGAGUAUGCAUAUGAUCAUCCAGGCUGCUCGACGCUCGAUUGGGCGACAGUUCAUCUUCAUCACUCCACAGUCGAUGAGUAAUGUCACGCAAACGUCCGAUGUCAAGAUCAUCAAGAUGACAGACCCAGAGCGCGGACAGACAGCAUUGAAUGUGCAGCGGAGUUGA